AUGCCCAUGAAGUUCUCUUUCUCCAGCAUAAAGGCGUAUAACGGCACCACUGAUCUGGACGACCACGUCGCCCAAUACAGACAGAGGAUGCUCGCCGUAGCACUCCCAAAAGGGUCACGCGAAGCUACCAUGUGCAAAGGUUUCGGCUCCACUCUGACCGGACCUGCUCUGCAAUGGUAUAUCAACUUACCCUCCAGGUCCAUAGCUUCCUUCGCGGUUCUCAGCGACAAGUUUGUGGAGCAAUUCACCAGCAGCAGGGACCUAGAGAAAACCUCCGACAGUCUCUACGAAAUCCUCCAGCACCGAGCAGAACCCCUGAGAGGCUACAUAGCUCGCUUCAAUCAAGAAAAUGUGGCUAUCCCCGAAUGCAGUAUCCCCACUGCUAUCUCUACUUUCAAGAGGGGUCUGCUCCCCGACGGUGACCUCUACAAGGAGCUGACCAAAUACCAGUGCAAAACCAUGGAAGACAUCCUAUCUCGAGCCUGGGCGCUGGUCAAAUGGGAGGAAGACGUCGCCAGCCGUGUCAAGGCGAAACAAAAGCAAGAUUCCAAGACGACCAGACCAGACCGAACCGAGCGGGACGAGAAACCCUCUCAAAGACCAGCUAGGGACUCCGGGAAUCGAAACCGGGGCAGGUACCAAAACCGGCCAAUCGAGAAGGCAGAAGGGAUGGCAGUGUCCACGUGGCCAGACAUCUCUCACCUCUCCGUCUCAAGGCCGGAGCGUAUCAAUGUUCUGAAGCAGAUGGGCCAGCAGGUCAAGUGGCCUCAGAAGAUGAAAGCCCCCGACUCUUUCUGGAACCCUGGCUUCUGGUGCGACUUCCACCGAGACCACGGUCACAAAACGGAGGACUGCGUCGCACUAAAGAUCGAGGUCAACGAGCUGCUUAGGAAAGGGCACCUCAGGGAGUUCUUUUCCGAGAAGGCCAAGAGCCAUCUAAGCAAGGAGACAACGGGUAAGCCCACUGAAGCUGCUCCCGUCUCGCCACCCGGCAUAAGCCAUGCAGCCACGAAGAAAGGCACCUGGAACGCCAAGCACGGCAUAGAGGCAGCUAAGCCAAAACGCCUGCUCCUAGGAACGGACGAGAUAAGUUUAACGGCCAAGGAGCAGGAGAAAGUCCUCACUCCUCACCACGACACCCUGGUUAUCUCGCUCACUAUAGCGAACUGCCUGGUAAAAAGGAUACUGGUAGAUAAGGGAAGCUCAGGCAACAUCAUCUUCAAGGCCGCAUAUAAGGAUCUGGGGCUGGAGGAAGGCGCUCUAACUCGGAGGAUAACCCCCCUUAUAGGAUUCAACGGGGAGGUCAAACAAACCGCUGGGGAGGUAACCCUCCCCGUAUAUGCCGAAGGAGUCAACAUGUCAACCAAGUUCCUCGUGGUAGAUUGCGAUUCGUCCUACAACAUAAUCUUAGGAUGGCUCUGGAUCCACGGAAUGGGGGCCGUCCCCUCGACUCUUCACCAAAUGGUGAAGUUCGCUACGUGCUGGGGCAUAAAGGCGAUCAGAGGGGAUCAAGAAUAUUCCUGCUCCUGCUAUCAGACCACUCUGAAGGAGAAGACCAAGGUCUUAUAG